AUUCCAAACCAAAAAUCAAAACAAGGGUGUUAAUCUGUUCAGCAAAGCUCCCUUUUGUAAAAUUUUAUACAGAUAUAUGUGAAGUUAGUAUGGAUUUUCCAAUUAUAUAAUAAUCCAUGUAACGAGAACUAAUUUAUAAAUGUAUACUUGUAUCAUACUUGUGUAUUAAAUUGUAAAAUUUUAGGUAGGUACAUGUUUCAUGUACAUACAUACAUUAUAACGAAAAAAUAUUCAAGUUUUACGUUGGUUGAUAAGAUUAAGUAUAAAUAGACGAGAUAAAUAUUUGCGUCGAACUAAAAGGGUGUCGUUUUUUAUUUAUCGCGCAGUAUCAAAGUACAAAUUCGACAAAGGUCAUAUGACAAUGCAGUUGAAAACAAAAAUAUUAAAAACUUUAAUAUUAGGCGCUCCUGCAUCGGGGAAGGGGACAAUAUCCUCCAGAAUAGUGAAGAAAUAUGGAUUUGAACAUGUUUCUAGCGGGGACAAAUUGCGAGACCAUAUUGUGAAACAAACUGAACUAGGAAAAGAUGUUAAAGGUUACUUAGACAAUGGACGGCUGGUUCCUGAUGAGGUGAUGAUUAAAUUUAUGGAGUCAGAACUUAAGAAAGUUGAAAACAGGUCAUGGCUUCUGGAUGGAUUUCCGAGAACAGUGGCUCAAGCUAAUGCAUUAUGGAAAGUGCAGCCUGUAGACAUAGUCCUCAAUCUGGUUGUGCCCUUUGAUGUGAUUAUUGACAGGGUUAAGAAUAGAUGGGUUCAUUUGGCAUCUGGUCGAGUCUACAAUAUCGGCUUUAACACACCUAAAGUGAUGGGCAAAGAUGAUGUGACUGGAGAAGAUUUGAUACAAAGGCCAGAUGACAAACCAGAUGCUGUUAAGAAACGCUUGGAAAUUUAUGAGAAUAUGACUAAACCUGUUAUAGACUUUUAUAAGACAAAAGGAAUUAUUAAAGAUUUUGAAGGUAAGACAUCAGAUGAAAUAUGGCCUAUGAUAGUUGAAUAUUUAGAUCCACUAGUAAAACAGUGAUAAAAGCGAUAAUUUGCACAAGAAAUGACUGACAAUAUUAUAAUGUUCUUUUAAAUGAAUAUGAGCCAUGAAAUAUUUUUCAAUAAUUUUUAGAACUUUUACUUUGUUAUUUAUGUAUUCAAUUAAUGUCUUCCAAUAAGUAUAACAAAUAAGUCAAACUUAAGUAUCAAAUAUAAGUGUACUUACUGAUAAUAAUUAGAUCCUAGUCAUUUUAUUAAUAUUUCAGCUUUUGUUUGGUAGCACAAAUUUUGACUUUAUAUUAUGAUUACAGUAAUAUAUUUAUCUGUAUAGAUUUAUUAAGAUUUUACUUUCGGGAGAAGGGUGCAAUGAAAGUGAACCAACCAAUAGUACAUACAAUAAUCUUUUUGCUUUAUUAUAAACAAGAUUGUCUUUAGGGUUCAUAAACCACACACCACUUCCGGGCCAUGCUCAUGUG